AUGCGCCCUGGGGAAGCCGGGGGCAGGAUUAACCUAAUGAUAGCCUUGAACCUGAGCGAAGAGAAGGAGCUGCACAUCUGCUGCGGGCUUCCUUCACUCACCUGCCCAGCCAUGGAUACCUCCCUGCAUGCUACGCUCGGCCUUGUGCUCGUCUGCUGCCUCUGGGGCGCGUGGGCCCAGACCAAGAUCGAAGUUACCAAUGGAGGAAUAUGGGGCAAGUGGGGCGAGGAAGAGACCUGCCCCAACAAGAGCUUCGCCAUUGGGUUCUCCAUGAAGGUGGAGCUGCCCCAGCUCUCUGGGGACGACACGGCACUAAACGGGAUCCGGCUGCUCUGCUCCAACGGCAGAACCAUCCAGUCCAACGUGGGGCCGUGGGGCUUCUGGAGCCCCGUGAUGAAAUGCCCCUCAGGGCAGCGCCUAACCCAGUUCCGGCUGCGGGUGGAGUCGUGCCAGGGCCUCAAGGACGACACGGCCGCCGACAACAUCGAGUUCGUCUGCACGGGUGGGGUGGAGCUGAAGGGGCACGGGCGGUGCUGGGGCAAGUGGGGCCCCCAGAGCCGCUCCUGCGGCCAGCGGGGCAUCUGCACCAUCGCCACCAAGGUGGAGGCCCCCCAGGGCAAGGGGGACGACACGGCCCUGAACAACGUCUACUUCAAAUGCUGCAGGCCCUAAACCCUGCCCCCCCCCGCUUCAUUUCGACUGGUGG